AUGCUAGAGUUGUAUUCUGAGAAGAUUAAACUCCCAAGAACAGAUCCCACUCGCUGGAGACUUCACACAGAUGAGUUAGGAAGAGAAACAUGGGAAUAUUUAAGUGUGGAAGAGAGCAAGAAGAUCCCACAAUCGACUUUUGCUCAAUGGCUUUUACAAUGCGAGGAGUUUCCGGAGCCUCAACCACAAGUUAAUAGCAAAACCUCGAAUUUCACAGCAUGGAAUGCUGCACAUAAUGGUGCCAAAUUCUUUGAGUUAUUGCAGGACCCCAAUUCGGGAAUCUUCCCUUGUCAAUACAAGGGACCAAUGUUUAUGACGAUUGGAUAUGUGGUUACCAUGUAUCUUGCCAAGCUUGAAAUACCAGAACAUGAAAGGAUUGAAUUGAUUAGAUACAUCGCUAAUUAUGCCCAUCCAGUUGACGGAGGUUGGGGUUUACAUACUACUGAUAAAUCCACAGUUUUAGGCACAGUCUUAAAUUAUGUUAGUCUUAGACUCUUAGGGCUUCCAAAAGAUCAUGAAGUUUGUACUAGAGCUAGAGAUACCUUACACAGACUUGGUGGUGCUAUUGGUUCACCCCAUUGGGCCAAAAUUUGGUUAUCUAUUCUAAACCUCUACAAGUGGGAAGGGGUAAAUCCAGCUCCACCAGAACUAUGGAUGUUCCCCUACUCUUUGCCUAUACAUCCAGCAAGAUGGUGGGUUCACACUAGAGGUAUCUACCUUCCAGUGAGCUAUUUGUCUAGUACUAGAUAUACUUGUGACUUAGAUCCAUUACUAAAAGAGAUACGGUCUGAAAUUUAUACCAAACCAUUUGAAACAAUCAAUUUUGCAGAACAUAGAAAUACUGUCUGUGGUGUCGAUCUCUACUACCCACACACAAAAGUUUUAAAUACUGUGAAUGCAAUGAUGACAUGCUAUGAAAAAUACAUUAGACCAAAUUGGAUGUUGAAAAAGGCUACGAAGAGAGUACACGAACUUGUUAAAAAGGAAAUUGCUAAUACAGAUUACUUAUGUAUUGCCCCUGUUAAUAUGGCUUUUUGUGCCAUUGUAACUUUGAUUGAAGAAGGCAAAGACUCUACUGAGUUUAACAGUUUUCUUUACAGAUUUAAAGACGUUCUAUUCCAUGGACCUCAGGGUUUAACUGUCAUGGGUACAAAUGGUGUGCAAGUAUGGGACUGUGCAUUUUUUGUCCAGUAUAUGUUUACAGCAGGAUUAGCUGAACUUCCCGAGUUCCAUGAUUCAGUUUCCAGAUCUUUCAAAUUUUUAUGCCGCUCACAGUUUACUGAAAACUGUGCUGAUGGCAGUUUUAGAGACAAAAGGCUUGGAGCAUGGCCAUUUUCAACAAAAACACAAGGAUACACUGUUUCUGAUUGUACGGCGGAAGCUAUAAAAGCAAUUAUUAUGGUUUUGAAUUCGGCUAGUUUCAAAGAUGUCCAUGACUAUUACGAUCCAAAAAAGCUUAAUAAUGGAAUUGAUGUCUUAUUAUCAUUACAAAAUGUGUCUUCCUUUGAAUACGGGUCCUUCUCAACAUACGAGAAAAUCAAAGCUACAACAUUAUUGGAGAAAUUGAACCCAGCAGAAGUGUUCGGAAAUAUAAUGGUAGAAUACCCAUAUGUCGAGUGUACUGAUUCUUCUGUUCUUGGAUUGACAUACUUCCGUAAGCAUUUUGACUAUAGAAAAAAAGACAUUGACUUUGCGAUAAAGGAAGCUAUCGCAUAUAUCAAAAAUGUUCAAAAUGAAGAUGGAUCAUGGUACGGCUGUUGGGGUAUCUGCUACACUUAUGCUGGAAUGUUUGCCUUGGAAGCUCUAUAUACAGUCGGAGAAAAUUAUGAGAACAGUGAAGUUGUACGUAAGGGGUGUGAUUUCUUAGUUUCCAAGCAGCUUCCAGAUGGUGGAUGGAGUGAGACCAUGAAAUCUAGUGAACUUCACUCCUAUGUGUCAGAUAAAACCUCAUAUGUUGUUCAAACGGCUUGGGCUAUUAUUGGUUUGAUUUUAGCUAAAUAUCCAAACAAACAUGUGAUCGAUAGAGGUAUUAAGCUACUAAAAGAAAGGCAACAACCUUCGGGAGAAUGGAAAUUCGAAGCAGUUGAAGGUGUUUUUAAUCAUUCUUGUGCUAUAGAAUAUCCAAGCUACAGAUUCUUGUUCCCUAUUAAAGCUUUAGGCCUUUAUGUUAAAGAAUACAAAGAUAAUGCUAUAUAG